AUGGCCGGCCCCCUCGUAGUCCCACCACCUCCUCCAGGAGGACCACAACUCACCCAAAAGACCUCCGAAGUCAUAGGGACCUUCCGCCCAACCAAGCAAUUCAAACUCUCCAAACCCGAAGCCUCCGUCACAUCCCUCGACUUCGACGACUCGGGCGAAUUCUGCCUGGCCGCCUGCUCCGACGACUCCCUCCUCCUGUACAACGCCAAAGAAGGCAAGAACAUAAAGACGCUCAUGAGCCAGAAGUACGGCGCCCACCUCGCCCGCUUCACGCACCACGCCACGUCCAUCAUCUACGCGAGCACGAAAGAGGACGACUGCAUCCGCUACCUCUCCACGCACGACAACGCCUUCCUGCGCUACUUCCGGGGCCACACCCAGCCCGUGACGUCGCUGUGCCUGUGCCCGUCGGCGGACACGUUCCUCUCGACCUCGCUCGACAACACGGUGCGCCUGUGGUCGCUUUCCUCGCCGUCCCCGCAAGCGCGCCUGAACCUGUCGACGCCGUACCUCGCCGCCUACGACCCUUCCGCGACGGUCAUCGCCGUCGCCUCGGCCUCCACGCACAGCGUCCUCCUCUACGACCUGCGGAACUACGACAAGCCGCCCUUUGCGACCUUCGACAUGCGGCCCUACCUCACCGCCCAGCAGGUGCAGUCGCCGAAACCGGACUGGACCCGCCUCGAGUUCUCCAACGAUGGGAAAUCCCUCCUCCUCGCGUCGAACCACCCGCAGGGACACCUGCUCCUCGACGCCUUCGACGGUACCCUCCGCGCUCACUGCAAGCGCUCCCAUGCGCCUACGAAUCUGCGCGCGGCGCCGGGAAUGCCUGGCGCGCUGGGACAGGGCGACGUGUGUUUCAGCUCCGAUGGGCGGUAUUUGAUCGGGGGCAGUGGGGGGGAUAGAGACGCGAUAGUGUGGGAUACGCAAGGGCAAGUGGAGGUGGAGACGAAGGAGAUCAAGCCCAUGUGCGGACUACCGUGUAAAGGGCGGGCGAGUGUCGUGGAGUGGAAUCCGCGGUAUAACAUGUGUGCGACGGCGGAUAGGGAGGUCGUGUUUUGGCUGCCGGAUGAGCAUGUGGGGAUGAAGCCGCCGUGA